CUAGAUCGGACUCGAUUCGGUUGCCGGGGGGUUAGGCGAUGGGGUCGAGGCGGCAGAGGCGCGUCUCGUGGGCCGCCGGACCCAAUCUCUGCAAGGUAAGGCUUUUUAUAUCCGAGGAUUCCCCAUCUCAAGCUGGAUUAAGACCACAAGACAAUCUCCAAGCAAAAGGCUCAUGUUUUAUGCAUGCAGCUGGAUCGAGUUCAGAUGAUUCCCUGCCUCCAGGCUUUGAGUCACCACAGCCAACCAAUGACCUUAAAAUUGACAUAUCUCAGAUUCCCCUUAUUAGGUGGAAAUGCCCGUCACAUAUAUUAUUAGACCCAGAUUGGCAUGUUGCCUCUGGAGAAGAAAGCAAGGAGAUAGCUAUACAAAAUGAAAGAAUGUUUGGAGCUCUUGAGGCUAUGUAUCCACGUGCAUCAAACAUUCCUUCAAACCCCUUUGUUUCCCCUGAUGUGAAAGACUCUCGUUAUGAUGAUUCCCAAACCCUAUCGGUUCCUUUGAUCCCUGUUGAAGAUGAUGAUGCUUCAGAUCAGCCAGAAGCACCAUUGCUCGAUAUGCCAAACAAUCACCAUCAGUCAGGAGAGUAUGACCCUGAGAGAAUCAAUGUGCCACAAAUUUCACAUACUUUAAUUAGUGCUGCACAACAGCAGCACUAUGGAUCCAAUGGUGCAACAAGUUAUGAUCUCUCCGUGGAGCCUGAUGUGUUGGCUGCAGCCUCUGCUGCAUUCACUGCAAUAAUGCAAAGCAACCAAAAGGGAAAUAUGGUUGACCAAGAUCUACUUGUCAAAAUACUAAGUGAUCCUGCACAAGUUGAGAGGUUAACGCAAGAAUAUAACCAAAUUAGACAUCAACAAUCUAGAAGUAGUUCUGUUGUUGCCCCAGUGCCACCAGGUCCACCACCCCAAAAGACAGUGAGUGCUUCCGCCCCAUUUUCAGAUCACAUGACAACCUUCCAUAACACAAAUUGUACACUCCCUCCUCCACCACCAAUGGCUCCAGCGCCAAUGAUGAAUAGACCACCUCAAGGAUUUCCUCCGGUUGCCAUGAAUCGUCCACUAGGUUCAAGUCCCGCUAUGAAUUCCAUGAAUUUUCUACCAGGUUCUAGCCCGGCUAUGAAUUCCAUGAAUCUUCCCCCAGGUCCUACUCCGGCUAUGAAUUCCAUGAAUCUUGCACGAGGUCCUAGUCCGGCUAUGAAUGCCAUGAGUCUUCCACCAAGUUCAAAUUCAUCUAUGAAUGCCAUGAAUAUUCCCCCAGGAUCAAGUCCAGCUAUGAAUCUUCCACCAGGAUCAAGUCAGGCUAUGAACUUUUCAAGUGCCCCAGCAAGGGGCAUUCCUUACUACAAAACCCUGAUCCAUCAGCAUGGAGGGGAGAGGCAGGAGCCGCCUGAACAACAGCGACUGCAGUAUGGAAUGUAUCACCAACCUGCUCCUCCGCAAACUGAUGCCAUGAACGGUGCUUCUAUGGUUAACAGAGAUACCAAAUUGAGGCCAAUGAAACUAUGUGCUUACUUUAAUGGUCCGAGGGGUUGUCGCAACGGAGCCAACUGCACUUUUCUACAUGACACGUCAGCCAGGCAGGAUGACUCAAAAGGCUCAAAAAGGAUUAAGUUAGACAGCAGAAUAGCUGGUCGAAAUUGAGCUGUUGGUAGCUGCUACUCAAGUUUUGACAGUUCUUUGGUUCAAUGUCUUUUCACAUGCAUGGUUCAGUAAAUAUUACGCCUGCCUGCCAGCUCACUGUUCGUUCGACUUCCAGUACCCUUUGAGGAAAGAUGCUCUGGAAGAAAGGGAAAUAUUCCAUGAUUGAUCAGAGCUCAGAUUUUUACUGAAUCAUAUACUCAGUUCUCUGUUGAAGCACUUUAACCGUGGCUACUUAAUUGCCACGUAAACAGUGGUUGUUCUUGUUUUAAUUAUUUGAAAACUUAAGCAAACAAAAGCCAAAGAUUGAUAUACUUGCUAUCUGA